UACAGGCUCAGGAGUUUCCCAAUGUGUGUGCAACCAAUGGUGUUCUAUAAUAAAAGCUGAUUCUGUUCCUGGUAGUUUUUCGAAAACUCUUGAUAGGAAGUCUUCACCUGUAGCCUAUAUAAGACAGGCAUCAACACUGGUGUUAGUGUCAGCAGUAGGAUCUAUCAUAAUAAUUCGAAAUGAGGGUAUUCGCAGUAUUGUCGGUGCUUUUCAUUGGCCUUGUUUUGACAGAACAAACCUUGGCGCAGGGAAUUUUAGGCAGAAUUCGGGACAGACUCCGGUCGGGGUAUGACUUCGCCAGGCAGGCUGGGCAGGGUACUCGGGACAUGUACAGAGCUUACAGUGACAUGAGAGAGGCUAACUGGCGUAAUUCGGACCAGUAUUUCCACGCACGUGGUAACCAUGACGCCGCCAGUCGGGGACCGGGAGGCCGCUGGGCAGCAAGAGUAAUCAGCAAUGCACGAGAGGGUUAUCAGAGCGGAUUGAGUGGACAAGGCCCAGAAGAUACCGCUAGGGACCAAGAGGCCAAUCGCUGGGGGCGAAAUGGCGGGGACCCGAAUCGAUACAGACCCGAUGGGUUACCAGAUAGAUACUGAUAAAUACUGAUGAAAUCUGUUGUUGAAUUCUCUAUUACAAUAAGUAGAUUAAUUUUUUUCCACUUUUUUCAUUUUAUUAAGGUCUUCCGUUUCAAACGUAUUUAAUUGUAUUGUUAAAAAAUUGAACGGAAGACACACUCGUUACUCUUAAUGAGAUCGUAUCUAGUUAAAAAAGAUAUUACAUACAAAACUUGCUGUACUUCUUAAUAAAGUUAGAAUUCUUA